AUGCAAGAAGCCUCUCCUGAACCUCAGAAACAACUGGAUUCCCUCAAUGACCCUCAUUCGGUCCCCUGGCAUCAGCCAAACCUAAUCCCUCGCUUGUGCAACACCUCUCUGAGUAGCAAUGCUCCUACGUCCCACACGCCAUCCUCUAGUGGGUAUGAGAAGAGAUCAUCUCAAUCAUCCACGUCUAGUCCUGUCUCCAAAGACGCGCGGCUCACCUGUGACUUUUGUGGGCAGGCUUUUGAGGACGUGGAUUCUCUUUGCUUUCAUAUUAUCUCAUCUCAUGCGGCUUCGAGUCCAUUACAUUGCGGCAGGAAAGGCUGCAAUAAAACUUUCAAAGGCGGCAGAUCUCUGAAACGCCAUCUGACUGAGUUUCAUCUUGGUUCCGUUUACGUUUGUCGCUGCGGCAGGCAGGACAGAAGAAAAGAUAAGCAUUGCAAACACAUCGAGAGUAACAGCUGCAUUGGCCCCGGCCUUUACGGCUGCCCCUGUGGCCAUACAUUUGACCAGCUGAAGUUGCACAGACACCACAUUAACAGGUGUGGUAGAAAGAGAAGAGGAAGGCCACGAAAACUCCCAAUGAUGGCCAAUGAGAGGAUUUGA